UUUGCCUCAGCGGGUCAGCGUCGCCUUCCCUUGACACGUUGCAUUAGCCGACCCUCCUCUGCUCUGUUUCGGCCCUUCGCGUGUGUUUCUGGUGUCUUUCUGAACAGUGUUACAUUACCUCCCUCCCGUUUACCCAGUCUAAGGCCCUUGUCUCCGUGUGGUGUCUUCUAUACUCGUAUUACACUACCCGACCCAUCUUUGCCCUAUCUAAAGCAAUUCCUAUUCUCCGCAGGAGCAGCGACGGUGUGUGGAAUGGACGUCGACGAGGUACACUUCAUUCCCAAGGUCACCACCACCACCACAACGCCAGCCUCCGCCUCCACGCCCGCCUCCAGACUCCCCAGCGUCCUCACUUCUCUUGACAUUCCGCCAUCGUAUCUAGAGGAGCUUCUACGGCCCAUAUCUCCACCGAAAGUAACCCGCGAGCCAUCCCUCGUCCAACAACCCCAACAGGCAGCCCCAGCACUACAGCACUCUGUUGAAGUGAAGGAAAAGGAUCAGCCAGCACCACACCCACCCCUUAGAGAGCACCCCAGAGACUACAACUCCAUUGAAGUCAAGGGAAACGACUAUAAAACAGUCUGGUACCAAAAUACAUCCUUGCUGAACGCCUCACCGCCAAAUGUGUCACAGAAGCUGAAGAGACUGAAAACGAACUUUUCCGAGGGACCCGAAAUUACUUAUUCCAGCCUUGAGGGCUCCGGAGAGGACGAGGGGGGUGAGACCACGUCGCGGUGGCAUUUUGGCUGGUGGAACGAGGAGCCGAGCGACGUGCAGCAGCGGCGGGAGGAGACGAGUUCGGGGCCGCGCUUCGAUCGCACGCUGGCCAGGAAGGUGACGGUGCAGGAGGGCAGCACGGCCGUGCUGGCCUGCCGCGUCGUGGACAACAGUGAGAAGGCGGUGUCAUGGAUGCGGCACCAGGACUUACACAUCCUGUCGGUGGGGAAUUACAAGUACAACACGGACGAGCGGAUCACCGUCUCCCUGGACAAGGCGCGCGAGGAGUGGAAGCUGGUGAUCGAGCGCGUCACGGUGAGCGAUGCCGGCAUGUACCAGUGCCAGGUGGCCACCAAGCCCGUGCUGAGCUUCGUCGUCAACCUGGAGGUGGUGGUGCCUGAGGCUGAAGUUAUCAACGGCCCCGAAGUGUUUGUGCACUGCGGCUCCCUCAUCAACCUGACGUGUGUGGUGCGGCACGGCACGCGGCGCCCCGUCUACGUCUACUGGUACUACCACGACGAGGUGCUGGACUACGAGAGGCGUGGCGGCGUCACGGUCAUCACUCAGGCCAGUGACUACACCAUCAGCUACCUGCUCAUGCGGAACGCCACACCCGCCGACUCUGGGACGUACGCGUGCACGCCCUCCAACGGCCGCCGCGCCACCGCCGCCGUGCAUGUCCUCAGCGGCGAGCCACAGUCGGCGCCGCGUCAGUCCGCGUGUCAGGCGGCGGGGCCCCAGCGCGCCGCGGCCACCCUGCGCGGGACUCAAGGUGAGCACCGCGCUGCCGUUCAGAGUACGGCUGGUCCCCGCCACCUCGCGCCGCAGCUCCUGAUGCUCUGUCUGGCGCCCCUCCUCAUGCUGCAGGCCAGUUCAGAGGCGCCUUGAACACCACGUAGCCGGCUCGUCCUCCCAACGCGCAAGGAGACCCAACGGAGGACACCGAGAGUCUCCAGACGUGAGAAACCUGCAGGCUGUGGCGUUGUUGUGUGGCGGGGCUGCGAGGCGCCCUGCUGCGUGUUGGCCUCGAUCCCCUGAGUGACGCGCCCACACCAUGAACACGUAUACGUUACCGACAGCAACCCGUUGGCACCCCAGAAAGCCGCUCCCCGUGGACCCUUCAGACUUAAAAUAAAAUUAGUCACGUGCAAGGUGGCGCUGACUGGCGGCCAUUGGGGAGCAACUGGCGUCAGGUUCUGAGAAAGCAGCAGAUGAAGCAGUGACGCAGAAAGCAAUGUGGGGGAACACGCGUCCUUGAUUGCUGUCUGGAAAGAAACAUAUUGGUCUUGAGAUGCAUUGGAAACAAAUCCCGUUGGCUCAGGACAGAAUUGAGCAGCAUGGCUUGCGAGGAGAUAACUUGAUUUCGCGUACCACAACAACGCGGCACAAAGAGAAUUUAUUACGUUACACGCGCGUCCUAAAGCCUUUGUGGUAAGUGGCUUGUUUGGCCCGUCGCGGCGCCGCUUUUCGAGUCGGGUCGCUGAGUCUCGCCACGACGAACACGCCAGAGAAUAGACUAGACGGGGAAUUUAUUGGUGGCAUUCAGUUUUUUGUGGCCUCCCUGGGGAUGCUCCCGUCAUUGGAUCCGGGCCAUGAAGUGUCGAGAGAAAAUAAAUCUGUAGUUGUUGGAGGGUAAAAACAGCAACGGAGCGGUAAAAGCAUUGAUGGAGGUGACUUUUUUUUUUUAUUCCUGCCGUGGGAGUGUUCACGUGACUGGGGCAAUUGGUGGCAUUGUUGAGGCGGGGCGGCGUGGGCGGGGAGGGCGGGACCAAGGUUGACGAGGCAUUGUUUUGAUGGUGGGGCAGAACUCGGCUAAAUAAAUGCUGCAGUACCUCAGAAACGAAGAGUGAGUUUAUGGACGUAAAGGAAGAACACUGGAAAAGCGACAAAAAUAGAGGAAGACAGCGGUGCAGGAGGGAAAAGGGCGUGACAGGGAAGGGGCUGGAGGGACGGAGAAGGGCGUGACAGGGAAGGGGCUGGAGGGACGGAGAAGGCCGUGACAGGGGAAGGGGUGGAGGGAUGGAGAAGGGCGUGACAGGGAAGGGGCUGGAGGGAUGGAGAAGGGCGUGACAGGGAAGGGGCU